GCCCUUUUUUGAAGUCUGAUUUCUUAGUUGUCAUUAUACGAGUUCGGCGAUUCUAAGUCAACUGUCAAAUAAAUCUGGUUAAAAACUUGGAACCCUACACGCUUUUUCCAAACACAAAAUAUUCACACAUAAGACAUUAACACAAGUCAUCAUCAAUCAAGAAGAAAAAUUCAGGGUACUGUACAAUUUGGAUUCAAUCCAUUGCUUCAUUUUGAUCAUCAUCAUGGUGGGAGCUCCUCUUCCGGCAACUGGAAAUCAACCACAGCCUUAUGGAGGUAUGAUUAAAAAAAAAAACAAAAAAAGCAAUCAAUAAUCUUCUUCAAGUUUUUCAUCCUUUCAGCAUUUUGAUUGAACUAACUUUUCCGGCUCUAUUUGUGGUUGUUCUUUUACAUUCUCAGGCAACUCUGAUCCGUCGAAAAAUCAGAACCCGCCGGCACAAAUGUACGCCACUCCAAAUGCUACCAUUUCUACACUUUUGCCAUACAAUGGAAUGGCUCCCUCAGAUGCUAAUCUUUACCAAGGACCGUAUCCAAACCCUCCGGCUAAUCCAUCAGCUCCGGCUACUGCUAAUCCUUCGCCGUACGGUUUGACUCCCCCGGCGUACUCUUCCCCUCCUCAAUCAUCCACCUAUCCACCACCGCCUCCUCAGCCAGCCGCCCCAGCAUCUCCGUAUAUUCCGCCUCCAUCAUCCGGCUACCCUCCAACGCCAGCACAGCCAGCUCCCUAUUCCGGCCAACAGCCUCCUCAAUCAUCUUGCUAUCCUCCGGCGCCAAGGCCGCCGUCUGCGUACACUCCGCCACAAUCAUCCGGGUAUCCUCCGGCGCCAACGCCGCCUUCUCCGUACACUCCGCCGCAAUCAUCAGGCUAUCCUCCGGCGCCAACGCCGCCUUCUCCGUACACUCCGCCCCAAUCAUCCGGGUACCCUCCGACGCCAACGCCACCGUCUCCAUACACUCCGCCGCAAUCAUCCGGGUACCCUCCGGCGCCAACGCCGCCGUCUCCAUACACUCCACCGCCACAAUCAUCCGGCUACCCGCCAUCGUCAACUUAUCCGCCGCAGUCAACUCCGUCUACAGCUGGAUUCCCACAGCAGAGCCCACCAGCAGGGUAUCCUCCUCAGCCGCCUCCCGGUGCUCCAAGCGGUUAUCCGGCAGUUCCUGGUGGAUCAUAUCCGCCGGCUGGAUCAUACCCGCCACCGCCAGGGCCUUACUGAUCAAACUUCCUUCAGAUGCAUCUUCACUUUUACGGUUCAUUUUCCUUUUUUCCGCAAUUUCAGUAAUGGCAAUUGGCCAUCAAUUUCAAUCGGCUAUUUCUGUUUAAAGAGGCUUUGUUAGCACUUACGAUUUGUUGUCACUGGUUUUUUGUUUGUUUUCUCUCUUCUGAAAUGCAAUUCGAAGUUGCAUAACAUUUUCAUGUACAGCGAACGAAUUAAUCAAAUUUGGUGGCUCUCUUUCCCUUUCCAUAGAUCUCUUUGUAUUCCUUGUCGAGUUGUGACUUCUAUUGUUCUGCACUGACUGGGGAAAAAAAGACGUUAUACUUUUUUCGAUC